GUUCCAAAUAUGGUUAAUCACAUCAUGAGUUAACGCUGUCAGGAAAUGCAUGAUUUUUAGUAUGCUAUUAAUGACAAAACAGCAGCCGACAUGGACCCAUGCAUUUUUUCACCACAAAACACGAUUUUGACAUAUACAGCUUCUUGUAACUCCCGCUAUGAAAAUCCUCUUGAGGGAUUUGUUUUUGAGAAGAAGCAGGAAGCAACGUACAUGGCAGGACCGCCCUCAAGUGGACUCGUUUGUUUGUUUGUCUGUUUGGAAGGUAGCUCGCUGUUCCUUUGUGUUAGCUAAAAUGCCGACUCAUUGCAUUGCUGGACAUUGCUUGAACACUCGGGAGGAUGGAUUUACCCUUCAUAAAUUUGCAAGAGGCAUGGUUCGUCAUGAAAAAUGGAUUGCACGGGUGUAAUGGACGAGAGCUUCGUGGGUUCCAGAUGACAGGAGGUGGCGAUGGUGCCGCCGCCUUCUCACAUUGCUGUCCAGGAGGAGGUGGCACUGGCUCUGCCUUCUCACGUUGCUGUCCAGGAGGAGGUGGCACUGACUCCACCUUCUCACGUUGCUGUCCAGGAGGAGGUGACACUGACGCCGCCUUCUCACGUUGCUGUCCAGGAGGAGGUGACACUGACGCCGCCUUCUCACGUUGCUGUCCAGGAGGAGGUGGCACUGACGCCGCCUUCUCACGUUGCUGUCCAGGAGGAGGUGGCACUGACGCCGCCUUCUCACGUUGCUGUCCAGGAGGAGGUGGCGAUGUCGCCGCCGCCUUCUCACGUUGCUGCCCAGGAGGAGGUGGCGAUAUCGCCGCCGCCUUCUCAUGUUCCUGUCCAGGAGUACCAGCAGCGACCGGUCCGCGGCCGUCCCACGCCCUUGUCUCGACAGGAGCUGGGGAGUUCUGUGGAGCCACCCCGGAGCUGGAGAGACUUCGGGAUGGCUGUGAUGGUGGCGGUCAUGGCUCUGGUCCUUCUCUCCGUCAUCCUCUUCGCUCCUGAGGGCUCCCAGCCACUUCAUGACCUGGCCUCGUUGGUGACCAAUCCACGGCGGCCUCCUGACCAAGCCUCGGUGGCGACCAGUCCCUGGUCGUCUCGCAACCACGGCGUAGGAGGUUCUCGUCCGGAGAAGUGGCCUGCCUCGGUCUGGUUCCUGCUUCGCCGUUUGGUUCCUCACAGAGGUCGUCCGCCCGAAUCGCCCCGUGGGGACCCUGGUGCUUUGCGUCCGGGUCGUCCUCCUGACCUGUCCACCCGGAAACCUUGUGUUUGGUGGCCUGGAUGGCCACCAGACUGGGGUUCGGGGGGGGGGGGGGGGCGUGCCCUCCUCCGAAUCCCCCUUCUGCCCACCCCUGCCUGUGUUAAUUAUUGUCUGUUUCUUUUGUUUAGGCACGUCUGGGAGCCGUGCCUUUGAGGGGGGGGUACUGUCAUGAUCCUGCCGCUCCAGCCCAGGCUGUGCGGGUGUCCGCGCGGUGGCGCUGAUUGGGAGGCGCACACCUGCGCCUCAUGCGGGCUGAUUAUCCUGUGUAUUUAUAUUACCCCGAUGACGACUGGUCCGGGCCAGUUCGCUGAGCUUCAUGUCCCGUUCAAGUACUCCCGUAUCCCUGAUCGACAACCCGUGUGUACUGACCUUCGCCUGUUCUCCGACCAACCCUGUAAGCCUGACUCCUUUGACACGUCUCCCUGCUUUGGUCGUUCUCUCGUGUACCGACUCCUGCCUUCCUGCUCUCUCCGCCCGACGUCCCAACUACCGAUGCUGCACCUGACUGCCGGCCCGAUGCCCGACCACGAAAUAAUGCAUCGUCCGAGUCCUGCAUUUGGGUCCUACUCCCGUUCCGAUGGGUCGUGACAAGAUGUGGAGAUGACACAUUACAAUUCCAUACUUGACGUCUUCUUAUCCCUAAAUUAUAGAGUAGAUGGAUUCAUUAAGUGUCCUACUAAUGAAUUAUUUACUUAAUGUUAUUUUGAUUAACAUAAAUUUCAAGUCUUACAUCACUCUCAUUGUUAUUAGUCAUAGUGUCCAUCAUUUGCAGUUCGCAUGCAGAGUAGAAGACGACAUCAAAGGCAAAAGGUAAGCAGAGUUGCAUUGGUUUUGUGUUGGUUACAGUGAUAAGCAUUAAAAUACUUGGUUGGUCAGUGAAGUUGUCGGUAUGGUGGGGUGGGGUCCUAUUUGUGUUUGCCGAUGUAUCUGCUGCUCCUUACAUACAAAAUGUAAUUGAGGGGGCUUGCGCUGACUGCAAGAUGGAAACAGAAUCCAUGGUGUCUUUGUGGUGGCUCGUAAGGGAUUUAUAGUUUGCAGUCGCUUUUUUAGAUUCAGGGCUCUAAGUGCAGCCACCCCUACUCCUCUCCGAGUCGUCAUGGUAACAAAAUCCAUACUCGACAUUGGCCCAGCAGUAUGUAAAACGGGAUGAGGGUUGGUUUACUUGCAAGAGACAAGACCCGUCAUCAAACAUUGGUUAAUUUCAGAAUUCAGAACUUGAUGAAUGUUCAACGUGGUUGUAAGUCAUCUAUUUCAAAGAACACCUUUUAUUAUAUGAAUUGUAAUUGUAUAAAGUUUCCUUAUUGUUGCUGGGAUGAAAAGAAGACUGCUCUACAGUUGCCAUAGUAACCAAAGGCACUGUGCAAACCUUCCUAAACAAAAAUAGUCUCUGGUGAUGGAGUAAGCAGUUCAAACAGCGUUAUUGUGGUCCUUCACCGAGACGGAGGAGCAUUCAUAUUUCUGAUAAGUCAUUUAUUUCGUAUCGUUAGACCUAGGAUGAUGGAUGUAUAAUUUAAAAAAACAGGAUAAAAAUGAAGGUGAUGUAUCAGUUUGUGAAUCUGUGUAAGUCAUUGUCUUUCAUCUCACUGUACAAUGUCCAGAAAUACAUCACAAAUUCAUUGUUUUGCACGAUUUGCAAAACUGUACUGCGCUUGAAUGGAGUUUGAGUGAAAACAAGAAUUACACACACUUCUUUGUUUUCCGACCCUCUGAUUGUCUUUCAAAGUGAAUUUAUUCUCCAGUCUGCACACUCACCUAAUGAGUUAAAAUAAUUUAUGAAAAGCCAUUUCA